UGUUCAAGCCAUGACGGCUCAGUUAGUUGCAUUUCAAAUCAAUAGCAUCACAUCACAACCCCGCACCAAAAUGUUAUCAAUUCUCGUGAUUUUCACAAUCAUCACCGGUAUCACCCAUCUGCUGCUGAGCCUUUGGAGGAACCGCCGAUUCCUGCUAGCGGCCUCCCGCAUUCCGGGACCCCCCGGCUUCCCUCCCCUACUCGGGGGCAUUUACCAAUUUUACGGCAAAACCGACGUGGAACUGGCCACGGCCCUGCUGGACAUUUCCCAGCGGUACACAUCGCCGGUCAAGUUCUGGCUCGGCCCGCUGCUGAUGGUCGUCGUAGAUCGGCCGGAAGAUUUGAAAAUUGUGCUCAACUCGCAGCACUGCCUCGACAAGGUCGAUCCGUACCGGUUUUUCCGCGUAGAUCUCGGACUUUUUGCGGCGCCGAAAGAGCUGUGGAAACGGCACCGGAAGGUUCUGAUGCCGGCCUUUGGACCGAAGGUGGUGGACGGGUUUUUGCCCACCUUUGCGAAAACUAGCCGGAGUUUGUGCAAGGAGUUGGAACGGUUCCUGCCGGCUGGAGAGGUGAACAUUCAGUAUCAGGUUGAGAAGUGUGCACUCAAGUCAAUAUGUGCUACUUUUUUCCAAUAUGACAUUGAAGAACGUGAUGAAAAAUGGAACAAAUCAUAUAUCAAUAGUAUUGAUCGGCUGACCUCGUUAAUUAAUCAAAGAAUUUUCAACCCCUUGAAACACCUUGAUUUUAUGUAUCAGAUGACUUCAGGCUAUCAGGAAGAAAAUAAGCAGUUCAAUAUAUUCCAGCAGCUACCGAAGGAGGUGAAAGCUAUGAUGACUGAAAGACAGCAGCAAUUUCCUAAGAACAUCACAUCCCCACAUUUCAUCGACCGUGUCUUCCAAUUGAGCAAAAAUUCCACAGACCCGGAAGCCAUCCAAGACCACCUGGAAACGAUCAUUUUCGCCGGCAGUGAAACAACCGCCACCACCCUCGCUACGACCCUGCUGAUGCUGGUCAUUAAUCGCGAUGUCCAGGAAAAGGUCUUCCAAGAAAUAAACACCGUUUGUCCAAACCCGUUCGAGCGCGAGUUCAUCGACCAAGGCGCCCUGUCCCGGCUGGUCUACACGGAACAGGUCGUCAAGGAAACGAUGCGACUCUUCCCGAUCGGACCGAUCGUGGCCCGCAAAGUGACGGGCGAUGUCCGGCUGACGCAGGUUACCGUUCCGGCCGGAGCGAACGUCGCGAUUCCGAUCUUCAAACUGCAGCGCAACCCCGAGUACUGGGGUUCGGACGCCGAGGCGUUCGAUCCUGAGCGCUUUUCGCCCGAACGUACGGCCCGUAGACAUCCGUACUGCUACAUACCGUUUACGGCCGGGUUGCGCAACUGCGUUGGAAUUCGGUACAGCUGGCAGCUGAUGAAGGUGGCACUGGUUCACCUGCUUUGGCGGUUCCGAUUCUCGUCCGAACUAGCGAUGGAGGACCUCCAGCUGAAACUGUCCAUGGUGCUACGGAUCGAGAAUGGAAGUGUGCUGAGGAUCGAGCGGAGAUGUUAUUCUAGGCGCCAAGUUCAACCUCUACCACACACCAUGAUCGAACUUUUUCUCGUGUUUUUCACCUGUUGCUCGGUCGCGUACUACUACCUUACCUUUCGGAGGUCCAGGAAGCGGCUGUACGAGCUGGCCGCACGGAUUCCAGGCCCGUUCGAUUGGCCCAUCAUUGGCAGCUUAUAUCUGGGAGUUGGCGUCACAAAAUCCAGGGACAUCUUUGAGUACAUGACCCAAUUCCUGCACAAACUGGAGCUACCCGCGCGGGCUUGGCUGGGACCGUUUCUUGUGGUGGCCUUCGAUCACCCAGAGCACGUGGCUGUGGUUCUCAACUCCACUCAGUGCAUUCGGAGGUCCUUCAUGUACCGAUUCUUCCGCUUCGAUAGAGGACUCCUAAUGACGCCCGAUCCCCAGCACUGGAAACUACUUCGUAAGCGGUUGAACUCGUCGUUUUCACCGCUGGUCCUGAAGAACUUUGCGCCUGCCUUCAACGAGUGUGCCGAUAAGCUGGUGACAAGUCUUGACAAAUACGUCGACCAGGGAACGUUCGAUCUGCUUCCGAAAGUCAGUGAAUUCACCAUAACGGCUACCCUGUUGAAUCUGUUCAAAGUCGAUCUGCGCGCUGGCGAUAAUGAAUUCAAGGAAAAAUUCGCCGUGAAUGCAGAAAAGCUAUGGACUCUCGUCUGGCGACGCAUUUAUCAACCCUGGCUACAUCUGGAUUUCUUCUACCAGUUCACAGACAGGUUUCAGGAAGAAAAACAACGAAUUCGUAUGAUACGAGAUUUUACACAUGAAAUCUCCAAUGCUCGCGAUUCGACAAGAAUCAACAACAACUCCCAACUCCCAACACAAGAGGAUCCUCCCAACGCAGAGGUUCUCAUCGAUCGGCUGGAGCGUAUGGCGUUCGACACUCAGGAAAUAGACCAGGAAACCUUUCUAAGCAACAUCGAUACCUUCAUGUUCGCCAGUAACGACACAACCUCGAACGUCAUGUCCACGACGCUGCUCAUGCUUGCCAUGCAUCCGGAAAUCCAGGAACGCGUCUUCGCGGAAGUAUCCCAAGUCACCGCCACGAGCAGCUUCAUCCCCCAGGAGGCGCUCUCCAAGCUGGUCUACCUGGAGAUGGUCAUCAAGGAAUCGAUGCGACUCGUUCCCGUCGGCUCGAUCCUGGGUCGCAUCUGCGAAAAGGAACUCACCGUGGACCAGUGGACCAUCCCGGCGGGGACGGAAGUGGUCAUACCGAUCUUCAAAAUGCACCGCAACAAGGCGGUGUGGGGCGAACGCUCGGAGGAGUUCGAUCCGGACAACUUCCUGCCGGAACGGUGUGCCCAGCGACAUCCGUACGCGUACAUUCCGUUCAGCGGAGGCAUCCGGAACUGCAUCGGGAUGAAGUACGCGUACAUGUCGCUGAAGAUUGUGCUGGCCAAGCUGAUUGCGCGGUAUCGGUUCAGGACGGAGCUGAAGCUGGAGCAGCUCAAGUUUGAGCCGUCGCUGAUUUUGCUGAUUGUCAACAAACACAUGGUGCGGUUGGAGCGGCGGUGAUGACUUUGGGUUUAUGUAUGAGAUGUUUAAAAAAAAAUAUUACGAUAAGGGAUUACAUUAAGUAAAAUUGUUGACAAAUCAGUAAAUAGUUUUAUUUGGCGUUAAUCUAUCAAUAAACUUCAACAAUUUAUCACGUGCAA